CAUCGUCCAUUCUCCGCUCCAGCUACAAUUACCCAGCAUCUACCCACCGUUUUCGCUCUCCCUCAUUCUCCCUCUAAGAAGACACUCGUCGCUUGACUUCGCCCACCACACCCAUUUUCACAUUCCAAACCAGGAAAACAAUACAAAGGAUAUACGAUCAAAACCCCCACACAGUUUCUACAGCCCAUAAGGUAUCCCAUAUCUAUCAACACCCCCUCCCUCAGACCGGACCGGACCACGACCACGACCAAAAACCAGGACCAGGACCAACAAUCCUCCAACUCCGCAAUACAACCCCCGCCUCCCUUACCCAUUCUUCAACAGACCCAACAAGAAAAUGCCCCGCCUAUCUGGCAAAGUCGCCAUCGUGACCGGAGGAAGCUCUGGCUUCGGCGCCGCCAUCGUGCGCCGCUUUCACCAAGAAGGCGCCAAGGUGAUCAUCGCGGACAUCAACGACGCCGCCGGGGCGGCGCUGGCGGCCACGGACGCGGCGGCGCUGCAUUUUGAGCGGGUCGACGUCACGGCCGCCGCGGACUGGGCGCGGGUGGUGGCGGUGGCAGUCGAGAAGUUCGGGCGCGUGGAUAUCUUGGUCAAUAAUGCGGGGACGACGUAUCGGAAUAAGCCAACAGUCGAGGUCACGGAGGCGGAGUGGGAGCGGGUGUUCACCGUGAACGUGAAGAGUAUCUUUCUCGGGAGUCAGGUGUUUGUGACGCGGCUGCUGGAGCAAGGGGGCGGCGGGUCGAUGAUCAAUAUCUCGUCGACGGGGGCGACGAGGCCGCGGCCGGGGUUGGUGUGGUAUAAUGCGUCGAAGGGGGCGGUUUCCAAUGCAACCAAAGGUCUCGCGGCCGAGUAUGGUCCGCACAAUAUCCGGGUCAACACCGUCUCGCCGUUGCUGUCCGGAACGGGGUUGUUCUCCUUGUUCACCGGCAUGGAGGAUACGCCCGAGAACCGGGAGAAGUUCAUCGGGAAUGUGCCCUUGGGCCGGCUGACGGAGGUGGACGACGUCGCCAAUAUGUGCUUGUAUCUGGCGAGUGACGAGGGGAGCUUUGUCAAUGGGGCGGAGAUGAUCAUCGAUGGAGGGAAGUGUAUUUGA